AUUGGACCUCAUGGUCGCGUUACUCUGUUCCUGCCUCAGGCAUAAUGGAUGCCACGUGACCCUCCAUCAGACUUGCUGUUUGUCUCCGUCACUUCGGCACUUCUCCACGACAUCAACAUUAAUCCGCCAUGCUCGCCGCCGAGCCCAAGAUCAAACGUUCCUCCUCAUCGCUGCCGGAGCAGCUGAAUGCCCCUGAUGCCAAGCGUAUAAAGCGCCCUUAUCACCAUCACCAUCGCUUGCAAACGCCCGUGAAUCCUGCGCUUCCAGAACCCGCCAUCAACGAUGAUGCCUACGUCGACCACUUAAUGAACCGCUCCAUCGGGCAGACCUUACGAGAAACAGGAUUUGAUCUAGCCGAUCCAGCAGCGCUGGAGAGUUUCCGCAUUGCGACCGAAGAGUAUCUGCUGAAAUUCGCGUCAUAUGUGCGCCAGUCGAUGCUCUCGUCUCGUCGCAUCCAACCCGUCCCCCAUGAUUUCGAACAUGCGUUGAAGAAACACCGUGUGCGCGUGGACGAUCUCCUGCCCCAUGUGAAAACUCUACCGAAUGUCGACCCUGUCCCCACGCUCUUGCCGAGCCCUCCGCCGGAAGAAGAUGACUGCUUUAAGACUUUGCCGUCCCUGGGCCCGCAACUAAGUGGCGAAGACGACCGUGCGAGAAGCGCAUACAUCCCGAAGCAUUUCCCCGAAUUCCCUAGUAAACACACCUACCGACAUACCCCCGUAUUCACGGAGCGUGUACAAGACCCGCGGAAGAUCCGGGAGCGCGCAACGGAGGAUGGGCGGCAUGGCGAGGAGGCCUUGCGCAAGCUUGCACGCGCAGCGUUUAAGGAUAAUCAGCUUGGUUCGUCGGGCCGGGAUAAGAAGCCGUGGGGUCGGAGGACAGAGACGAUGGAUAGUAUGUUUGAGAAGACGAUUAAAGGUAUUGCGAAGAAGAUGCAGAAGAACACAACGGCUCCGGGUACUGCCACUCCCAUGGAGAUGGACUCUGGCGCGGUCGACUCGGAUGUGAAGGCUCGGAACAGGGUGUCGCUGAGCAUAGAAUUGCCGCCCAUCAUCAACUGCGAGAGAGAUCUCUGGCGUCGGACGACGACUGGGAAUCGAAGGCCCGAGGAGAGGCCGCCGGGCAACAAAGAAGCUCCGGAUAUCUCGCGAGUGGAUAGCUGGGUGAGCACAUGAGCGAUGGGACGAGGACAAAUAAAUCGGAAUGGCGUCGGGCGUUUGACUUUUGUUUUAUAGCCGUAUUCGAGAAGAUACCCAUGCAGCAGAAUUUAAUAUAAACAUUGAGCAUUAUAAGCAGAGAUCAGCCUGUCAGCGAGAACCAGG